AUUCUCAUAUUUUCAACUAAACUUGCUACGCAGGUGCAAGUAUCCUUACAGGAUACCACAAGCAGUCCGGGAGAUACAGUGUGGGUGAUGCUGGAUGAAGAGGGCGAGGAGGACGAAGAUAUCGCCAAUGUCGGAGCCAAUCUCUUCGAGAGUGAUUUGAUUUCUCUUCUUCAUCAGAUUCCAUUCGAUAAGUUGUUCGAGCAAGUGCUGUUUAUUCAGUGCCAAAACGACAAAUACGAACAGGGGGAGAAGGCCAUUACGGACCAUCACAUGUUGCGUCUUUUCGCAUUUCACAGCGUACUCGUCAAACUUUUGAAGCAAGGUCUGAAGUCCUACGACUCGCCAAGAUAUCGGCAAUUAGCAAAGAGACUGAGCGCGUUGAUCAGAGACGUUGUUCAGUAUACCAGCGAUCAGUGGGAGGCUUUUGACAAGAGUCAAAUAAUUGAUGAAUUGAUGCUGCUGAAACUGCAGACCGAAUACGAUUGUUUUUUCCUGAGAGCGAUCCUCUGUAUAUUCUCGUCACGACGUCUAGGUGCCUGGCAAUAUCUUGCCGCGAUACCAUACCAUAUUAUAUCUUCCACUACUCUGUGGUACAUCUUCUACAUCCUGCAUUCUGAUUGUGCAUCUAGUGACGCAGCAAUAUCAAAUACAUCAGUUUCAGAUUGGGAAACAGAGCUGAAUUCUCCUGAACUUCAUAAACAAUUCGAAGAAAAGCUGGGCAAUAUGCCCGGUGACGAGUCUUACUUUCUACUGACAACUUUUGCUAAUAUGGCCAUGGCUCGAGGCUAUAAAGACUACGAUUUUGUGAGAACAACUACGAUUGAUCUGUUUCAAAUUGGAUUUCUCAGCGAGAAAACCCAAGAAUCCUGUUCGAAAGAUGCAAGGUCGCUUUUAUCGAACUUGACAAGCAAAUAUCCUACUCUUUUAUCUGACAUCCUGCAAAAAUUAAAGGAUAAUUUUGUAUCAGUUGGAAAGUUGAGUUUGUAUUUGUUCACUGAGUUGAAGAUAGGAACAUGGGUGCCACAACAGCAAGAUAUGACAAUUUUGUCCACCUGGUUACAUCAGCAUUCUUUAACUUCAUCCGAAAGUCAUCUGGCUCGAUUGGUUCUUACACAUUUGAAUUGGGGCCUUGACACAAAUGACAAUCUGUAUCUUCCGAUUGACCUGCAUCGACAAGUGGCGUUAUUAAUUGUCGAACUUACAAUGAAAUAUGUGCCUGAUACCCCAAUACAGACGGCUUCGUUGUUAACUGAAAGCAUGAAGCAAGUUUCUUCAAUAGUACGACCUCAGAACAGCGAACAAGCGUUUAGCUUGUGGGCGUGGGAGAUGAUGAAUAGGCUGAAGCUGCACCAGUUGGACCGAUCGAAAUCCGUGUGUCAAUAUACCAUCUCAAAUCCGGCCGAGGGUCUCUCUUGCGUGCCUAACAUGGAGUCGGACUCCUUCUUGGAGAUUCUGGCGAAGGGUGUACGCGAGAGGCAGCCGAUCGCCAGCUAUGUCUCUGUGUUGAUGACACUGUGGGGUCACUCGGUACCGCUGAUCUGCGUCGAGGGUUUCAGCCAGCUGCAGAUUUUACAGUGCUACUACAAAUACGAGCAAGUGCUGAUAUGUCUGCAUCAUGUGAUACCGUUGUUUCUCGAUUGUCCGGAUUCCUUGCUGAAGAACGACAAAUUUGUUAGUCUGAUCGUGCCGCUUAUCAAUGCCGACCGAACGUACAUGAAGAUAGCAAAGAAUCUGAUCGCCCCAGAAUUUCCUGGUCCAAUCCUCAGGCAGUUCUCUAACAUGAUCGAAUCUCACUUGCAUCAUUAUAAACGGUAUUGCUUGAACAGUCCAGAACGUUUUGUGCAUUUAUGGCUGAAUGUGUUAGUACUUGUCCAAGAUUGGAACAAAGAUCACAAUGUUAUGUACUUGAUGGACAGUGUGAUCCGUACGGCGUUCUUUCACUUAGAAGCGAGAGCGAUGAUGGAAAACAUGUUCCAGAAUUUCUUCUGCCCUGCUCUUGAAGGAAGUAAUGAGAAUAUAUCAUCCAAUCGGACACCGGGAUCGUUUGGAUCAUUUCUGAGCUGGGCAACUGGAUCUUCUAGCUCGGCAAGCCUUCUUGGUGGAACCGUUCAGACGAUAUGGCUUGCUUAUCAGAUCCUGUCGACAGAGCAGUACGAUAGGGAGCUUAAGACCGGGCUGUGGCGCGAGAUUUUGCGAGAACUGUCCAUGCAAUCCAAGAUAUCUUUAGACACUGCUCUCAAGAGAGCCUGCACAACAGUGAAGAUGACUCCGUUUGGAGUAAACAACCUGGCUAUUUAUCGCUGGUCUCAGCAAGCUCUUGAUACACCAAUGGAUCAUCCAAUUCUGCCACUCUUGUGGCAAAAUUUCUUCAGUCUGUUUCUUGCAAGGGCACCUACUAUCCCAGGAUCCAUGGAUAAAGGUGGGGUUGGAGAAAAAUUUUUUGAAGGGAUGAUAAAUCUGAGCUACUUGAAAAAGUUAAAAAAACGACUUCACGAAACGACAGAGUAUUUUCAAGUGAAAGGAGAAAAGGACACGGACAAUGGAAAACCAAUCACAGACGAGCGACGUGUAUUUUAUCUCAGUGCUGCAAAGUUUUAUAAAACGUUAAGUCUUUGGUUAGAAGAGCCUCGUCUUCAGGAACCGGGUCUUUAUCUUCCAGCCCUGCCACCGCAGUACAUGUCGCAGAGGCUAAUUCUAUUGGUGCAAGGAGAUCGAACUCUCUGGCUGGAAUAUGUCGACUAUUGGGCGGUGCAGCAGAGCCAGCUCAAGGCCGUUUGCGAGUGGGAGCGCGCAACAUUCCGCGAUCCCGAAAAUCAGUACCAGAAGUUCUCUCAACCCUCAAACGCCGUGGAAUCGAUUGAUCCUCUUUCCAGAAUCUUCCGUAGGCUAAGCUCCUAUGAGCCGCCGAUUUCGCCACCGCCUUUGAGCCGAAGUCAACCAGUGUUGGGCUCCGUGGCCAGAGAAAGCAUCUACAAUUCCUCUGCUGUUAUUGACCUAGUCAAACCGCAUCUCAGAGUCAUCCUUGACUAUGCACAGACCUACAGUCUCAUGGUAUCUGAACACACCGCGGCGGACUGCAGCUUCCUUGAACUAGUCCCAACUCUCUAUCGGACGUACGAGAAUCACGUUACCUUGCACGCUCUCUGCGAUCCUUCGCCAUCCAACCAGAGACGCUCUAGAUCGGGCACGCCUCCCACAGUACAUUGUGCAGGCCCGGCGAUCAUCGAGAUCACAGUUGAAGAAGCUCACGUUAGUGAAGGCGUGGACCAUAUGAUAACUCAGAACCGGGCCGAGUAUGAGAAUCUUUUAGUAAAAGCUAGUCAACCGCCACCCAGUAAGGUCACCUUGGGCUGCGUUUUUACUGAUCAUUUGAUUGCGAUAUUGGAGCACGAGUUAACUGUCAGUCGCACUAACGAAAACACUGCCGUAUUGCGCAAGGUACAAGAAAGCGGAGUUAAGCUAUUUUAUCACCUAGUAGAAUUCUAUACAGAAGAAGCAGCACUAUGCCCUCCCACAAAGCAACUUAUUACUACUUGUUUGGAAAAAUUAGGCCAGUUGUUUAUUAGCGGCGAGGAAGUUCAGGGUCCACAAUUAUUAAGUACCAUAAUCCAGAGGCCUAAUCUCGGAGGUCUGUUGGGACCGCACUUCACUCCUGUCGCCGGGGGAGCCACCACAUUCUUGCAGAUGUAUCAAACCGUCGUGGACUUGUCCACCGGAUCCAAUGUUGAUUUAUGCUUCGUACUGCUCUCGAAAUUUGAUGUUGGCAGCUGGUUAAACUAUCGUCGUCCCCGAUUGAGCGAAAGAUCCACCUUUAUAGAUCUAGUUUCUAGGGCGUUAUGUAACAUCGGUUUGAAUCCCGAAGAGGAAAAGCUGAUGCUGCAUGAACUGUUCCGAAACCACCUGCGACUUAUUCUUCUGCACGAAUUCCCCGAACACUAUGGUGAAGUAUUGAGUGCGGUGUUGAGAGGAUCCGAGAGUCAGAAUUUGUCUUUGGAUGUGUGGCGUGAUUUGUUGGGAGCUCUCAGCGGCAAGCCGAAGAAUAUCGCGCCAUCUCAAAAUCCUCCCAAGAUUAGAGACGAGAUCAGGCACUAUGCUACGGAACAGAGGCUGUUGUCUCGCCAAGAGAUGCACGACACCGCUGUGCUUCUAAGCCGACAUUUCAUGAAAGAGAGAUUGCAGUAUGGAUUGUACGGACUUUAUCCGAAGUAUAGAAGCUACAAUGAGCCGUUGACUAUAUUUUUGGGUAUGGUCGGCCACGCUCUAGUCGUAUUGACGUUGCAGGCUGAUCGAGGAUCGCUUGCUGAUCAAUUGUGCGAGAAGAUCUGGCCGGUGUUGAGCGAGAUGUAUGCACCGUGGAUCACUCCAUACUGGACAAGGAACCUGCGGGAGCCGACGGCCGCGUGGAUCCAGCAAUUGACGGACGACAGGUCGGUGCUGCUACCGUGGAUUAUCACCGACGGUCCUUACGCAAACCGUACGAUGGCGAUGUUUGCCGAGUGCGUUCGUUUCAUCAUCGACACUAUGCCAGCAUCCAGCAAGAUUCUCAGCUUUGUAUGGCAAUUCUAUGUGGCCAACUAUGCUCACGCAUCCGUCAAGGACCAUGUGCUGAACGUUGUGCAUGGUAACUUGUUAUCUCUUCCUUGGGAUCGCUUCUGCCCCGCCAUCAAUGAUGUCGAAUUAAUGAUCAGAGUUAUCGAUCAGUAUCUGCCGGACUGUCACCUGUUCCUCGGGAGUAUCUUCACCUGGGUUAAUUGGUCUGCCUGGAUCAGCGAGUUGAUGGCCACGCAACUGUUGCCAGUCGCCGCCAGGAUGCAUGUUUGUCUGCUGAAUUUGCUGGUGAAGCUGUCUAAUGAGCCAAACGUCAGACAGAAUGAGAAAGCGGUGCAGUUAGUUACGGAAGCCGAGAGCUUCUCCUGGCAUUUAAUCGACGCCGCAGCAUACGACCAGGUGAUUAAUUGGCAUGUAAUGAGUUGCGAUCCCAAAGUGAUUCUAUGCCUGGGCAAAGAUCAAACUCAUCCUAUCGAUGCGGCCGUCAAUAACUUGCUGAAGAUAGCAGCGGCUUAUGAUCCUACUGUGAAACAUUUUCAUCCCACCACCCUAAAGAAGAGACAAAUGUACGUGCGUUCUUCGGUGAAGUUGCUAAUCAACUGCACGACAAGACACAAGUCUCUCCUUUCGACUAACAGUAAAGCGUUCGCUAGUACACUGUUGCGGAUGCUCGAUGAGAUGGAAACCGUCAUCACGAGUACUGUCUCUGAGUCGCAACAGAUUGCCGAGGCCGGUCUGCUAAUCACGGAGUUUCUGCACUCAAUCAACCAGAGCGGGGCGCUAGUCGAUCAUCUUCGCAGCAGUUGGACAGCAUGGUUGCUGGAGCGAACCGCUAGCAGCCCGGUGCUGAUGGGAGUAUUGAGAGUGAUUGGAAUGGCAGUCGCUUCCUCAUCCACUCUAGGUCACCUCAUGGAGGCUGCCUUGGAGGCUUACUUCAAAUACAAUAUGACGGAAGACGUUCGACCUACGUGGGCAUCAGUGUUGAUGGUUCUACAGUCUGUAGUACCACGCCAGCCGCCGUUAGAAUCCGUGCUGGUGUCGGAGGGAAGAUUGCUAGCCCUUUACUCCGUAUUGCUGAAAAGACUUCCGUCUUGCAGAGAUAUCCGAGAGGAGGGCAUGCUUCUGAUUAACUUAGUGGACUGGAUCAGUGCUAUUAAAACCACAGAUAUCGUGGAGGAGAAACUGCCUUUGCUGUGGGCGAAAGCGUGCGAGUUGGCCUACAGACAGUGUCAGUACAGUGAGAACACAGUGAUCGCUGCCAGAGCGUUGAAGGGACUAGCACGAGCACUACUGACAGUAGCGGACGAUGCAGGACAGGGAUGGGGUAUCCUGGGGGCUAUUGGAUUAAGAAAAGGCUCUCAACUCACCGUACGAUGCAAAUUCCUGAGCCGCGCUACAGCAGUCUACUGCCUGGCACAAUUACCGGAAUCGAAAUCCGAUCAGCAGUUAGUGAGGUACACACCGCACUCGCCCGGUGUGGCACCCUCAAGAUCGACCGAUCCAGACACGAUGGAGAUUCGUCCUAGCGCAGAGGCUGUGAAAGCAAUGCAGAGUUUGGAAGGACUUCUGGUAAACAAGCAGUACGCGGAGCUGCGGGGAGAUGUGGAAAGAGCCAUUAGAUUCAUCAGGGACUCUGCCAACUCUCUUCACAACGCUGUUGAAAUCCUCGGCAUACUCACCAUGGAGCUCUAUAAUCAAAGAUACCUGCAUGUGCUGACAGAGUGAUACUAGUAAUAUUUAGAUUUAAUGACGAGCUGGCGAACGCCUCGAAUCGUUUCAAAGCGUGAUAUGUGACCUCGUAAGAUUCUCGAUCGAAAGUCGAGUUUUGAGUCGCCCUAUUACGUUUUUUCAAAAUUUUCAAGCAUUUCUAAUUCUUUACGAUUUACUUUAGUGACUUCAGGAAAAAGGUUUUCGAAAUUCUUAUAAGGAUAAAUCCUUAUAAGAGAUCCUCCCUAAAAGAUUUUACAAUUGAAUUGCUUGAAAGUUUGUUGGGAUUAAAUCCCUAUAAUUACGUAAAUUUUACCAAAUAACGCGUUUAAAUUGAAUGCUAUAACUCGUAUCAAUUUUGGAGAUUGAGACUACAUUAUGAUUAUUUAUUGAUAUUUAAUCGAUAAUCGAACUGAUCUCGCCAGAAGUACAAUCGUGAUGCAGACUCAAUCUUAAAUUUAAUGAUAAGUCGUGUUUGUUUUGCAUUGUUUUACAUUUUUUUUUAGAUCUGUACCGAUCUAGUCACAAAGCUCUUUCUUUAAUUUGAGACAUUGUAAAAUCUAGAAUGCAUUCAAUUUAAACGAUCGCAGUCACAUAAAUAAGUAAUAAUUAUGUCGAUAAUAUAUAAUUAAAAUAAUAUUUAAGAAUGCAAUUGUUGUUUACACUUAUUGUUAGUAUAAAAUUUAUUAUGCACUCGAUUACGCAUCAUAGAUGCUUUUGUACUUGCGUACAUGAAUUAUGUGUUGAACCAGUGAAAUAUUUGAUUUACAUUUACAUAUCACACAUGUUAGGAUUCUGACAACGCAAUUAACUUAUGAACGCAAUUAUUCUAAUUUCGUUCUUGACAUCGUACAAAGAGUCGUUCAAGAGCAGUUAUCAUAAGAAAUUGUUGACGAAUGAAUAAAGAGAUUAAAUAAA